CUUGGCUUCUCACCUUCCUCCCUGAACAUCAUGAGCUUCAGCACACACUCCAUCUUCUCCACAAGCUAUUGGACCAUGGGCUCUGUGCAGUCACCCCGCUACCAUGUCCCACCAGCCAGCAGCGUGGCCAGCGUCUAUGCAGGUGCCAGGGGCUCCUGGAUCUCUGUGUCCUACUCCACCAGUGUGCAGGGAAGCUGGGGAUCUGGGGUCCUGGCCACAGGUAUGGCUAGUAUUCUGGUGGGCAUAGAGGGCAUCCAGAGUGAGAAGGAGACUAUGCAAUGCCUGAAUGACUGCCUGGUCUCCUACCUGGAGAGGGUGAGAAGUCUGGAGGCUGAUAAUUGGAGACUGGAGAGCAAAAUCCAGGAACACUUAGAGAAGAAGGGAACCCAGGUCAGAGACUGGGGGCAUUAUUUCAAGACCAUCGAGGACCUGAGGGCUCAGAUCUUUGCAAAUUCUGUGGACAAUGCCCACAUCGUUCCGAAGAUUGACAAAGCCCAUUUUGCUGCUGACGACUUCAGAGUCAAGUAUGAGAUGGAGCUGGCCAUGUGCCAGUCUGUGGAGAAUGACAUCAAUGGGGUCCAAAAGGUCAUUGAUGACACCAAUAUUACUCGGCUGCAGCUGGAGACAGAGAUAGAGGUUGUCAAGGAGGAGCUGCUCUUCAUGAAGAAAAACCAUGAGGAGGAAGUAAAUGGUCUACAAAACCAGACUGCCAAUACUGUGUUGACUGUGGGGUUGGAUGCCCCCAAAUCUCAGGACCUAGGCAAAAUCAUGGCAGACAUCUGGGCCCAGUAUGACAAGCUGGCUUGGAAGAACCAAGAGGAGCUGGACAAGUACUGGUCCCAUCAGAUUGAACAGAGCACCACAGUGGUCACCUCGCAGACCACUGCUGAGACAUUCAUGGAGCUGAGACAUACAGUCCAGUCAUUGGAGAUUGACCUGGACUCAAUGAGGAAUCUGAAGGCCAGUUUGGAGAACAGCCUGAGAGAGGGGCAGACAUGCUAUGCCAUGCAGGUGGAACAACUCAAUGGGAUCCUGCUGCACCUGGGGUCAGAGCUGGCCCAGACCUGGGCAGAGGGGCAGAGCUAGGCCCAGGAGUAUGAGGCCCUGCUGAGCAUCAAGGUCAAGCAGGAGGCUCAGAUGGCCACCUACUGCAGCCUACUGGAAGAAGGGGAGGACUUCAAUCUUAUUGAUGCCCUGGACAAGAGCCCCUCCUUACAAACCAUCCAAAAGACCACAACCCGCAGGAUUGUUGAUGGUAGAGUCGUGUCUGAGGUCAACGACACCAAAGUUUUGAAGUAUUAAAGGCAGCAGAAGUGGGGCACCCCUUGGCAGGGCAGGAGGCUAAUAAAAAGUUCAUUGA